AGCGCACUUGCGGACGUGUUUGGAGAAGUUGAAGGAGAUGGUUCCUCUUGGGCCUGAUGGCUCCAGACACACCACGCUCGGCCUCUUAACACGGGCCAAACACUUUAUUAAGAACCUGGAGGACAAGGACCGGAAGCAGACGGCGCACAAGAACCACCUGGCGCGGGAGCAGCGGUUCUUGCGGCGGCGCCUGGAGUCCCUGGGCACGCACCUGACGCCCGCGGGCCUCGACAUGGCCGAGGUGAUGGGCAAGAGACGCUCCGUGUCCGAGAGCUCGUCCUUAUCUUCCGCCUCCACUUCUUCCUCGUCCUCGGGAUCCUCUACCUCAGAAUCAGGUGAGCUGCUCCAGGAUCUGUCUUCCGUGCUGGGGGCCGCCUCGUCACACAACGCUGAAACCGAUGAAGUGGACAUCCUAGGUUACGGCAGCAACCAGAGUGACACGGACGACCACUCCUCCAUCCAGUCCUCGGCCAGUGACGGUGGAGUUACCAUCUCCACACGGCGCCUCACCAUCACUGAGCCUCCCUCACAUACUCUCUAG